UAUGAAGACAACAAACUCAACUCAUUGAGAAAGCGACACCAGAGAAGUGAAAAAAAGGCAUCAGAUGCUUUGUUCAAAGACAUCCCAUUUGUUGUUUCACACAUCAGGGAAAGAAAGUCUUUUUUGUUGUAACAAAUGAGAAUUCGCAUGAAUUAAAGGGCCCUGCCUUCUUCACAAAGAGAAAGGGGGAGCACCAGGAGAAUCUCUCGUACCCUUCAAAGAUUUCCCCCCCCUACAAUUAUCAGAAAAGAGAAGGAAUUUUCUAUCCUUUUCUGUCAUGGCUUCGAGGUCUUAUUCUAACCUCUUGGACCUUGCUUAUGGUGGUUCCCCAACUCUUAGUCAAGAGAGAAAGAGGUUUCCUCGAGUAGCUUCUGUCCCUUUGCUUUUGUCCGAGGUAGAAGAUGAUAACUGCAACAGUGUUGGUUCUGAUGCUCCUUCUUCCAUUUCUCAAGAACGGAUGAUUAUCGUGGGAAACCAACUUCCACUUCGAGCACAUCGAAAUAAAGAUGAGGGGAAGUGGUGCUUUAGCUGGGAUGAAGAUUCACUUCUUUUGCAACUCAAAGAUGGGCUUGGAGACGAUGAAGAAGUAAUCUAUGUAGGCUGUCUUAAAGAGGAGGUUGCUCCUAACGAACAAGAUGAUGUGGCCCAAACAUUGCUUGAAUCUUUCAAAUGUGUCCCGGCAUUCAUCCCUCCCGAGCUUUUUACUAAGUUCUAUCAUGGGUUCUGUAAGCAACAUCUUUGGCCUUUAUUUCACUACAUGCUUCCUCUAUCACCAGAUCUUGGUGGUCGGUUUGAUCGCUCCCUUUGGCAAGCUUAUGUUUCCGUGAACAAGAUUUUUGCUGACAAAGUGAUGGAAGUGAUAAGCCCCGAUGACGAUUAUGUGUGGGUUCAUGACUAUCAUUUGAUGGUGUUACCGACAUUUUUGAGGAAGAGGUUUAAUAGGGUGAAGCUUGGGUUUUUCCUACAUAGUCCAUUUCCGUCGUCUGAAAUAUAUAGGACACUUCCUGUAAGAGAAGAGCUUUUAAGAGCACUACUCAACGCUGACCUCAUCGGGUUUCAUACUUUUGAUUAUGCCAGGCACUUCCUCACUUGUUGUAGCAGAAUGCUUGGUCUUCCUUAUCAGUCAAAGCGUGGCUACAUUGGGCUUGAAUAUUAUGGUCGGACAGUGAGUAUUAAGAUCCUUCCGGUUGGGAUUCAUAUAGGACAGCUCCAGUCUGUGCUGAAUCUUCCUGAGACUGAAGCUAAGGUCGCUGAGUUACGCAAUAAAUUUAGGGGUCAAACUGUUCUGCUUGGGGUUGAUGACAUGGACAUUUUUAAGGGGAUCAGCCUGAAGCUUUUGGCCAUGGAACAAUUGCUCAUGCAACAUACUGAGAAUACAGGUGAAGUUGUUUUGGUUCAAAUUGCAAAUCCUGCAAGAGGCCGAGGAAGAGAUGUACAAGAGAUCCGGUCUGAAACUUAUGCUACAGUGAAGAGAAUUAAUAAUGCUUUUGGAAGACCGGGGUAUGAUCCAGUGGUUUUGAUUGAUACCCGUCUCCAGUUUUACGAGCGGAUUGCUUAUUACGUUAUUGCUGAGUGCUGUCUGGUUACUGCAGUGAGGGAUGGGAUGAAUCUUAUACCAUAUGAGUAUGUUAUAUGCCGACAAGGAAACGAAAAGCUAGAUGAGGCCCUAGGGCUACAUCCCUCGGCACCAAAAAGGAGUAUGCUGGUCGUUUCUGAAUUUAUUGGAUGCUCACCAUCUCUGAGUGGGGCAAUUCGAGUAAAUCCAUGGAACAUUGAUGCUGUGGUUGAAGCUAUGGAUUCUGCUCUUGUUCUUUCCGUGGCAGAAAAACAGUUGCGACAUGAGAAACACUACAAGUACGUGAGUACACAUGAUGUUGCAUAUUGGGCACACAGCUUUUUGCAGGAUCUUGAGAGAGCAUGUGGGGAUCAUUUGAGGAAGCGGUGUUGGGGAAUUGGUUUCGGUUUAGGGUUCAGGGUAGUAGCUAUGGAUCCAAAUUUUAGGAAGCUUUCUUCUGAGCAUAUUGUUUCAGCUUACAAGAGAACCAAGAACCGAGCAAUUCUUUUGGAUUACGAUAGCACCUUGUUGCUGAAUGGUUCAUUAAGUACUAUCCCCAAUGUAGAGGCUGUUGGAAUCUUGAACAAUCUGUGCAGAGAUCCCAAAAAUGUUGUUUUCCUUGUUAGUGGAAAAGAUAGAAAGACCCUAACUGAAUGGUUUUCCAGCUGUGAGAAGCUCGGAAUUGCAGCAGAAAAUGGUUAUUUUAUCAGGCCAAAACAUGAUGCAGAUUGGGAAACUUGUGUCUCAGUGCCGGACUUCGAUUGGAAGCAGAUUGCCAAGCCUGUGAUGAAAUUGUACACUGAAACAACGGAUGGUUCUGCCAUCGAGACUAAAGAGAGUUCUCUUGUGUGGAAUUACCGAGACGCUGAUCCUGACUUUGGAUUUUGCCAGGCUAAGGAACUUUUAGAUCACCUCGAAAGUGUUCUUGCUAACGAGCCAGUUUCGGUUAAGAGUGGCCAGCACACUGUAGAAGUCAAACCUCAGGGUGUGAACAAGGGCUGCGUUGCAGAACGUCUACUGACAACAAUGAAACAAAAGGGAAUACUACCGGAUUUCGUUCUUUGUAUCGGGGAUGACAGGUCAGAUGAGGACAUGUUUGAGGUCAUCAUACGAGCAAUGUCCGGCCCCUAUCUCUCCUCGGUCACCGAUGUGUUUGCUUGCACCGUUGGGCAGAAAUGUAGCAAGGCCAAAUACUACGUGGAAGACAGAACCGAGAUUUUGAGAAUGUUGCAAGUUCUAGCCAAUGCUUCUGAACAUGCUGCAAAGGCAGCUCCCCGGGCUUCGAACCGAGCUAUUAUCGACAGAGUGUGAUCAGCUAUAUGAGACCUCUGGUCUGACGCCUAUCUGUCACGUAUAUGUAGAGUUAAGAGAUUUCCAAUACAUAUCGAUUACUAUUAUAUUGGGCUACCUUUUCAUUUGAAUCUCAGAGAUCAUUUGUAAAAUGAAUCAUUUUUAUUAGUAUGCUGAAACUAAAUACCCAUCCAUUAUGUAUUGCU